CCAAGGACCUGUUUGGAUUGUCGAUGAUGACGUAGCUGGAUCCAGCCUCCACUGGUAUUGAUCUCUUGACGUCAUUCAAGGGCGUCCCACGUUUCUCGAGCACCACCUUAAACUAGAACAUGGGAUUUCAAUUUUUUGAAAAAUGGUCGAUUUUGGCAAUACGAAAAAAGAAGAGAAGAAAAAAAAUGGGGAGAAAAUAAGAUUUUAAUGUUUAUGAGUUUAUUUUUUUGGGGAAAAAUAAAGAGAAAGGAAUCGAAUGUGAGAGAAAGAGAAAGAAAGCGCUCGCGCAAUAGAAAGGGGAAUCAAUCUGAGAGAGAUAGCAAAAUGAGGAAGCACAGGAAGCAUAUACAAGUCAUUCAGACUCGAACCACCGUGCCGUACAAGUUGUGGUUGCGUCUAAAAAGUCUACCGGUACGCGUGACAAACUGAUUUACUUUCAGACAAAAAAAAAAAAACAAAUUUUAUUUUAUUUCACUUUUUAAUUCAAAAUUGCAAAAAAAAAAUAUAUAUUUUUUUAUUUCACAAUUGGCAUAAUGUUUUAGAAAUCCGUGAGUGCCUCAAUCUUCAAAAGUUGGUUGAUUGACAAGGAAUUUUUUGAAAUCGAUUACUGGGAAUAUAUUUUACUCUAAAAAAAAUGUCGAAAUCGGGAAGUAUAAAAGGAAGUAUAAAGGGAAGUUUAAAGGAAGGAGAGAAAGGAUCUUACGAUCCUGUUCCAGUGAGUGGAGAUGGAGGCGAUGAAAUAAAAUUAGAAGCAAAAAUGUCACUUCUCAAUGGUGUUACAGUAAUUGUUGGUUCAAUUAUUGGUUCUGGUAUUUUUGUUAGUCCAAAAGGUGUUCUUGAAUAUACAGGAAGUGUCAAUGCCAGUUUAAUAGUAUGGACCGCCUCAGGUCUCUUCUCAAUGGUUGGAGCUUAUUGCUACGCUGAACUUGGAUGUAUGAUAAGAAAAUCAGGAGCCGAUUAUGCAUAUAUAAUGGAAACAUUUGGGCCAUUUAUGGCCUUUGUACGAUUAUGGAUAGAAUGUAUGAUAGUGAGGCCUUGCAGUCAGGCAAUUGUCGCUUUGACUUUUAGUAAAUACGUAUUGAAGCCUAUGUUCCCUGAAUGUGAACCACCUGCAGAAGCUGCCGCACUAUUGGCUGCAUGUUGUAUAUUUACUUUGGCGUUUAUCAAUUGUUGGGAUGUAAAAUGGGCGACAAGAGUACAAGAUGUAUUUACAUAUGCCAAACUUUUAGCUCUUUUCAUUAUUAUAUUUGCUGGUGCUUAUCAAUUCUGUACUGGACACACCGAACAUUUUACAUUUGAAAAUUCAAAAACAGAAGUAACCAGCAUUGCGCUAAGUUUUUAUUCGGGUUUAUUUGCAUAUAAUGGUUGGAAUUACUUGAAUUUUAUCAUUGAAGAAUUAAAGGAUCCAGUGAGAAAUUUGCCAUUGGCCAUCGGAUUAUCAUGCACUUUGGUAACAAUUGUUUAUGUAUUCACAAAUGUUGCUUUCUAUACGACUCUUAGCCCUCUUGAAGUAUUGGGAAGUGAAGCUGUCGCUGUGACCUUUGCUAAUCAAAUAUUCGGUAUAUUCGCUUGGACAAUUCCCGUUUUUGUAGCAUUGUCAUGUUUCGGUGCAGUGAACGGUAUUUUAUUGACUUCAUCGCGUCUUUUCUACGCGGGAGCAUGUGAAGGACAAAUGCCAGAAAUUUUGACAAUGAUUCAAACAUCAAGAUUGACACCUGCACCUGCAGUUUUGUGCAUGGCUCUACUGUCAAUGGUGUAUCUAUUCUUUCCAGAUAUUAAUAGUUUGAUUAAUUACGUAGGAUUCGCUACUUGGCUUAGCAUAGGCGUAUCGGUUCUCUGUGUUCCUUGGCUGAGAUGGGCUCAGCCUAAUUUACCAAGGCCGAUCAAGGUGAAUUUAGCAUUUCCCAUUGUCUACAUCCUCGCGACUUUAUUUGUUACAAUUGUUCCAAUGUACGCAAGUCCUCUUGAUACUGGAUACGGUUGCCUCAUGAUACUUUCUUCAGUACCUGUGUACUUUUUGUUUAUUGCGUGGAAGAAGAAACCAAAAUUCUUCCAAAUAGGUGUUGGCGCCGCUACAAAAGGUUUGCAGAAGCUGUUGGUCGUCGUCGGACCAAAAUCUAAGUGAAUUUCACCAAGUUUCUGCAGAAGAUAAUGCUCGUUGUCGGCAAAUCGAAACCAGCUCAGGUUUAAGAAAAGCUGAUAUACUCUAUAAAAAAAAAAAAAAAAAUUGUUGGUGAUUCGCUUCUCUCUUCGUCUGGCACGAAGUUCUAUUAAUUAAGUAAGAAAAAAUGAUAUAAAUGAAAAAGAUAAAAAAAAAAAGCUGAUUGGAAAGACAUUUCACGAACUUUCCAUACUGUAUUCUUGUCUCUCAUGAAACGAAAAAUGCGACCGGUCUUCCAAAACAAAAAAAAAAAAGAAAGAGUCAAUCAGCCAUUACGAUUGGAGGAUCCAAGCAUCAAUUGUUUCUUAAAUUCUAAUAAUAUAGUUAUUAGCUACUCGCUUCUAAUUUUCGAAUCAGUAGCAAAUUUGUAAAUAAACAGAAAAAUUCAUUACAGAAUCAAAAAAAAGGAAGAAAUAAAAUGUUCGAUACUAAAAAAAAUUGCUAUUGAUAAUAACAAAUAACAGAUAGAAAUAAUUCAUUAACAGAAUUUAUCUGCUUAUUAUUGUUAUUAUUAUUUAAGAAAAAAAUACAAAUUCUCAUAUGGAAAUUAUUUCCAGUCGCAAAGCAAUUUUUUCGAUUCUAUAAUGAAAAACAUUUUCUCUUUUUGGAAAAGUGGAAAAACUGCUUCUGAUUCGAUAUAAAAAAAAAAAAAAAAAAUCUUAAAUAAUCUGAUUCAAUUGCUGCUGUACCAUCAAAUAACAUUUAGUUUUAACUUUUAAUGAGUCAUUAUUUUUUAAUUUCUUCCAAUCAGUAUUAUUCAUAAUCUCCAAUGAUUUAAAAUAUUAUUUUAUAGAAUUGAACAUUUUUUAACUAUUUUGAUCGUAGAGCAGCAUUAUUUAAAUAAUUAUAUAUGAAUGUUUAAUUAUUCAUCAUUUUAUCAAAUGGGAAUAAUAACGAAAAAAAAAAAACAAUACGUAUUUAUAAUGUAUUUCAAAUAAUUCCGGCAAAAAUCUUGUGAGGCUAUCAAAAUACAAUUCGAUUUUUCACAUUGUGAGCAAAAAAAAAAGAAAAAUCGUCACUCUUAUACACUGCCUUGAUUUAUCACAAAAGCAAAACAAUGAUGCAAAAUAGACAAUAUCACACUUUGCAGACUCUAUUGAUUUGUCUCGAGGAAUUGAGUAUUAUUAUUUUUUUUUUUUUAAUUCAAAACGUGAUAAUUUCCAGUGAUUAAUUUAUUCGAUUUUUUAAAUUAAUUUAAUAAAAUUAAAGUAACUUAAAUAAUUUUUUUUAAUUUUUCUAUAAUUUAAUUCAAAUAAUAAUGAGAAUCAAUUUGUAUAAUUUUGAUAAUCUAUUGUUUUUGUAGUGAUUUUAAUUUUCAAAUAUUCUGUCAAAGUAUUUUAAAAAAACUUUACAAAAAAAAAAAAAAAAAAAUGGCAGAUCUCACGUAAAAAGUCGUUAACGUGCGCCGGCUAUUAGUUGUAAUUUACAAAUUGACUGCCAUGAAUUUUAAAUGGACAAUAUUAUACAAAAAAUUUUUUGAAAAUGGUCCUAAAUCACCCUCUGCAUUAGUGAUACGAAUUUGCAUAUAGUAUUGAGAAAGUAUUUUUAUUACAGAAGAAAAAGAAACACUUUCCCUUUAACAUUCCAUUUAAUUUCAUAUAUUUAGGAAAUAUUUCUAUAUUAAUUUCUUAAAUUUUAAAAAAUCCAUCUAGAAACAAAAAAAAGCGUAAUUAUACUCAUUUCUAUUAAGAAUAAACAAAUCUAAAUAUUUAUUCAAAAUGCCAGUUCAUAUAAAAGAUAUCAAAUACAAGUUACAUUUGUUUAUUAUAAAAAAAAAAAAAACAAAAAAAAAAAAAAAAGAGAAAAAUAAUGUUACGAAAUAGAGAUUAGAGCAAAGGAUAACUUUUCAAAAGACAAGAAAAACAUAUCUUCAUUUUGAUGGAUUUACAAUAUUUAGAAUCUUGAAGAAAUUUUUUAAAUUUUUAUUUAAAAUAGUUAUAUUUAAAUUAAAAGAAAAAAAAAUCCAAACAUGAGAAGACAAUAAAGUCUUUUUAAAUUUCGUAGCGAGUUGUAAAUAAUUUUAAAUUAUUAUGCUGUUUGCUUGUAUUGAAAAAAAAACAAAAAUACUCUACGAUUACAAUAGUACGCUGAUAGAUUUUUUAUACGCCUACUUAUAUAACUCACAUUUUAAAACUGAUAAAAAAAAGAGAAAAUAUUAUAUCGUCAAACUGUUUUUACUCUAAGAUACAAUGCUUAAAAAAUAAAUUAAUUUUAGUGAUUUGAGGAAUAUUUUAGGAUAUUAAAAUAAAUUUUUAAAAUUGUAUUUUUGCAGUUAAUUUUUUUGAGUAGUGUAAUUUCUAAUUAAGUCUUUUUUUAACAUUAGCGUUAUAUUUCUAAACGUAUUAUUAGCUUUUAAUCUUUUAUUUUUUUUUUUAGACUAAAUAAACAUUAUUUUCUAAUUUAGUUGUGAAAAUAAUUUUUAUUUCCUUUUUUUGAAGAUUAAAAUUUUAUGAAAAUUUCCGUAAUCUUAGAUUAAUUAUUAUUGUGAUUAUGGUAAAAAUAUUUUAUGCAGAUUACGCAAAUAUUGGAAAAAUAAUAAUGCCUUCGAAACAAUAACAAAAAAUUUGUUCAUAUCGCUAACAUUCUGCGAUUUGAAUUGACCUUUAAUGAUUUCGAUAAAUAUCCAUGAACUUUUACACGUCAUAUCGUUUAUAAAAUUGAAAUUUUUUAUUUAAAAAAAAAAAAAAAAAAUUUGCAUCACUAAUUUUUAAAUAAUUAUUACAACACUUCAAUAUUGUAAAGAUCAAUCUAUAUAUAUUUGUAUAAAAAUUUUAAAGAAAUAUUGAAGUGUCAAAUUCUGUUUUUUCUCCAUUUAACACAUUUUUUUAUUAUAUUACAAUUUUUUUUUUAACUGAAAACAUUUUAAUUAAAAAUUUUUAUUAAUUAGUAAAAAAUCAAAUUUUUGUAUUAAAUUUUUCUAAUUUUCUUUUUAAGAUAUUUGCAAUUUUUCAUCAAUUAAAAAAGGAGAAAAAAUUGUUCUCUAAAAAAUUUACUUUCUUUAUGAAAAACUUUAGAAGGUGAAACAAAAUUUUUUUAAUUAGAACAUAUCUGUAACAUCUGAUAUUCAGUUUUCAAUCGAGAAAUUUAAUUAUAUAAAAAUUCUACGUUUAAUUAAUCAAAUUUCGAAUAAUGUAAAAUUGAAUUUAAGGAAAUUUGACUUGAAACCUAUUUAAAAAAAAUAUAUAUAUAUAUAAUUUGCCAAAAUUAAUUUAAAAAUCCUCAAUAUUUCCGUAAUUUAAAAUUCAAAUAAAUUCUAAAUUAUUAUUUUACUUGUUUAAUAAUUCAUAACUUCAUUUAUUGCUCGACUUUUAAAUUCUUUAAAAAGUCAAUUUUUCCUUAAAUCCAAAAUAAAAAAAAAUUAGAAAUUAGUUUUAAUGAUUUUAAGAUUGUAAUGAAAGUUUGAAAAAAAAGCAAUGAAGGUAAAAAAAAAUGUGAAAGCAAAUUAUAAACUAAAUAAUUAAAUACAUUACCACGUGACAAUAAGGCAUCGACUGAAAAUUAAUAAUGAAAAAAAAAAAAAAAUGAAGACAUACUAAAAUAGUAGAAUGCAUUUGAUAUAUGAUUAUAUUAUUAUUUUUUUAUUACGUUCAAUAUCAAUUGUAUUGUGUAUAUGUAAUAAAUAAUAUGUGAAUUAUCUAUUAUAUAAGAUUGAAUGAGCACGAGUUGUGUGUGCAAUCCUGUAAAUUUUAAUGUUCCCGGUUGAAUAAAUUGCGGUACAGGUAGCUUAGGAUCUGAAUGAAAGGAAAAAAAAAAACAAAAAAAAAAUGUCAGAAUAAGCGAACUGUGACAAUACAAUAUAUGAAAAAAAAAGAAAAAGCAAAAUUUUUCAAUUUAUUUUUAAAAUUAUCCCUUAAUUUUAGAGAAUUUUAAUUUAAUCGAAUUUUAAUUUUUUAGUAAAUUCUUUACAAAGUUUAAAAUUUUAGUUUAAUGAGAACUAUAUAUAUGCAACGAAAACUUAAAUCUAGAAUUUGAAAUAAAAAAGACAUUCCUAAUUCCGUAUAAAAGAGCGUGGUUUUAUAAUUUAUUUCUGAAUACAAAGACAUGAAAGACCAAAAUGUUGAUAUUUAAUUUUAGCCAAAUAACAUACAUUUGUUGUCAGUUUUUUUUUUCGUUUUUCAUUUUUUAGAUUUGAGGAGGCUACAGUCUCGUUUGGAUUUAAGAGGUACAAUAGAAGUUUUUUUUUUUUUUUCUCUUAAGAUUACAUAAUUCGUCGGUUUAUUGUUCCCGGAAAAUAAAGACAAGACAUUUUUUAAUUUAAUAAAAAUCUGAUUGACAUUUGAGCUUUUAUUUCGUGUUUUGCGCACCUCAGUCCCUAAAAUUUCAAGAAAAAUUUUUCCAACAAUUUUAAAUUAUUUAGAAAAGAAAUCAAAAUAAGGAAAAUUUUUUUUCUUUUAAGGGACUGAGACCGUAUCGUCAGUCGAUUCGCUGAUAUAUGAAAAUUAGUUUUUUUUUACACUCACACAUGCACACACAUUUAUAUAUGUAUAUAUAUAUAUAUAUAUAUGUAAUAUUAAUGUUCGUUUCUGAUUUUUUUUUUUUAAUAUUUUGAAUCCAAUAAGCUCCUCUAAUUUGUGAAGUGUAUUUUUUAACAGUGAUGAACAUUGAUUUUAUGAAACAGAAUGAACACAUGUGUAUCAAUAUGCAACUAUCUAGAUUUAAAUUUGUAAAUUUAGACAGUGAAUUAAGCUUGAAAAUACAGACAAAUUGCACUAUGUAAUUUUUUUUUGUUUUUGAAGAAUGCGCGAAUCGUAGGACGAAACGGCUCUCUUUACUAAUUUUAUUUCCUUUUUUUUAAAUCUAUCGUCGCGCACCAUCCAUUAGAAUUUAAUAUUAAAUUAAUUUAAAUUACUAUAGUUAUCGCUUACAAUUAAACAUGUACAUUACGUUCUUAAUUGUUAAAUACUUAUCGACCAGUGGAGGAGCAUCUGGCACACAAUUUUCCCCAUUUUCAAUUUAAUUAAAAGCCUUUUGUAUACAAUAAAAUAAAAUAAUGGACAAAAUUUAAAUAAAUAGUUCUUAUUUAAUAUUUGUUUAAUUAAUUAAAUGGUUUUAAUAAAAUAAUUCAUUUAAUAUAGUUGAAAAUUAAAUUUAUUUUCAAAUAAAAAUAACUAGAAUUUAUUGGGAAUUUUUUUUUUCUUGUUGCAUUAUAAUCGAGAGCGCUCCUCCACAGAAUUUAAUUUGUUAAUAUCGUAAUAUAAUACAUUUUUCCUAUAAUUGCCAACUGUGACUGCUUCGGUAUAUAUUUUGCUUGAAAUAUACGGAAAUCAAUACACAGAAGCAGUAAUUCGACUCGAUAAACAACCUAACAUGUUGCUUUUAUUUUUUUCAAAAUGAAAAAUUUGUUUUUGUUUCUGAUAAUUUUUUGUUGUUUUUGACAACUUUUUUUUUUAAGAGUCUGGAAAAAUAGAGAGUUUCGAUGCUAUUUCAUUUUUUAUUUAUUAUUAGGAAAAAAAAAAAUUGCUAACGCCAGUAAAUGUAAAAUUACAUUUUUUUCUCAAAAUCUUUUUUUUUAAUUAAAUAUGAAUAUUAGAAAGUUGUUAAGUUAAAAAAUGAAUGAAAAUUACGUUUUUUUUUUUUAUCAAGUAGCUUCGAAACUUUCUUCUAUUAUAUAAAUAUUUGGAAAUACAUUUAUAUCGUACGAAUAUGAGCGAAAGCGCAAAAUAGCGCUGAAUUUGAGUAGCCACAGACACUCAUCUCAUUCUUUGUGUAUUUUAAUUAAUUAAUUAAUAUUAAAUAUUGCGCGAGACACAAGUCUCUCGCAUCGAACAUGUGUAUUAUUUUAAAUAUAUUUAAACUGGCCACGGAUUUCGGAGAUAAUUGAAAAAUCACACACGUGAACAUUACAUUGGCCACAGUGGUCGUAAAAAAAUAAAAAUUUCAUUAAAAUACUUUUUAACAAAGAAAAAAAAAAUUAAAAAAAAAAAAAACUUUGAAAUCUUUAAAAACAUAAACACUCUCAAGCCCCUACGAAUUUUCACACUGUACAUCCUUUUUUUUAAUUAUUUCAUUCAUUUUUUUUCAUUUAUUUGUAAAUGGUGUCGGUACAAAAUAAAAAAUUACUUUCUGAUCGUUUCUUUCUUCUUUUUUUUUUUUGUUUGUUUGGUAUAUAUCAUAAAGUUUCACAAAUUCGAAACAUUCUACGUGUGGCAUUAUAAAACAUUUUUAUUUUCAUUUUUGAUCGGAGCUCUGUGAGAAAAAUAAAAUUUUAUUCCAAUUCAGGGAAAGUAUUUUACAAAAAACAUUUUUCUCCUUAAAAAAAUUACAAAAUUUCUAAUACAGUAGAAAAAUUUUCUUUUAAACGUAAUCCUGCAUUUUUUAACAUCUACAAAAUUUACGACGAAAAAUAGCAUCCGAUAAAUUCUCUAACUUGGGGAUUAAAAUCGAUUAAAAAAAAUAAUAAUAAUAAUUCCCUUCACACUCGCAAUUCGUACUUGCUCAAAGCAUUAUUCCAAAACAGAAAAAAAGAAUAAACAAACAAACAACAUUGUAAAAUGUAAACCUGGUCUAUCAAAAUGUUUCAUCAACAAUAUACAAGUGUAUGAGAAUAAAAAGUAUUUGAAUUUAAAAAAGAUAAACACGUUAAAAAUAUUCUUGUAAAAAAAUAUCACGGAAAUGCGCGUUAUAAAGGAAAAUGUAUGAAUACAUAUUCUGCCAAUUCAUACAAAAUUGUACCAUUUGUGCUAUUUUGUUGUUUUUUUUUUUUUUGAAUUUAUUUUCUAAAAAAUUUUCUUUUUCUUUCCCAUUUUCUAGAUUUUUUUUAGCAAACGAUUGGUAUUUUCAGUAUAACUACUGGUAAAAAAAAAAGAAAAAAAAACCCAUAGGAACUUCUCAGUCCAAUAUUUAAUAAAACACUCUCGACACGGCUCAAGUUUUCUUUUUGUCUUUUCGCGGAAAGUACUGUUACAAUGAUUCUAGUCCCUAACUAAGCGUAUGCAAAAUGAUCUAGGUACGAUUGCCUAAUAAAAAUGUAUUUCCUCACACUAAGGACUAAAACUUCGUUUCAUUAAUCGCCGAUCUCCAUCAGCAUGACUAUUUUGUGCUCAGAUCUUUGAUUUCAUUGAGUAAAAAAAAAAAAAAAAAAAAAAA